UUUGUUUAGUUCUUCUACCUUAUUUAACUAGCGGCUCGCACUACUUUUCAGUUCUCGAGUUUUCAGGAAAAAACGCAAUUGGGCGUUCUAACCCUAAGCCAUCAUGUAUGGCCCUAACUGGAUUUGUUUAUAACCUUCCUAGGUUUUCGCUGUGUAAGGGUUGAGCUCGUAGCUGGCCGCGGACUAGCAAAAGGUCCCAUCGUUCGAUUUCAGGAGUCUUGAUUUAUAGAGUUGUAAGCAAGAGCGGGAAGAUGUCUCACAGGAAGUUUGAGCACCCUAGACAUGGUUCCCUUGGAUUUCUUCCUAGGAAACGCGCUUCUCGACACAGGGGAAAGGUGAAGGCAUUUCCUAAGGAUGACCCUUCCAAACCAUGUAGACUGACUGCAUUCUUGGGUUACAAGGCUGGCAUGACACACAUUGUGAGAGAAGUUGAGAAACCAGGAUCAAAAUUACACAAGAAAGAAACAUGUGAGCCCGUUACAAUAGUCGAAACUCCGCCUAUGAUCAUUGUGGGACUAGUGGGAUAUACAAAAACGCCUCGUGGUCUUCGAUGCCUAAACACUGUUUGGGCUCAACAUCUGAGUGAGGAGCUAAGAAGGAGGUUCUACAAAAACUGGUGCAAGUCCAAGAAAAAGGCGUUCAUGAACCACUCACGUAAAUACGAAACAGAGGAGGGAAAGAAGGAUAUCCAUGCUCAGCUGGAGAAGUUAAAAAAAUACUGCUCUGUCAUUCGUGUUUUAGCUCAUACCCAGAUAAGAAAGAUGAAAGGGCUGAAGCAGAAGAAGGCUCAUGUUAUGGAAAUCCAGGUGAAUGGAGGGACCAUUGCACAAAAAGUGGACUAUGCUUAUAGUUUCUUUGAAAAGCAGGUUCCUGUGGAUGCAGUUUUCCAAAAGGAUGAAAUGAUUGAUAUAAUUGGUGUCACCAAGGGUAAGGGUUUUGAAGGUGUUGUCACCCGUUGGGGUGUCACACGUCUCCCCCGUAAGACCCACAGAGGACUUCGUAAGGUUGCAUGUAUUGGAGCAUGGCACCCUGCCAGGGUUUCGUUCACUGUUGCUCGUGCAGGGCAGAAUGGGUACCAUCACCGUACAGAGUUGAACAAGAAGGUGUAUAAGCUUGGCAAAGCUGGACAAGAGUCCCAUACUGCGUCAACUGACUAUGACAGGACUGAGAAGGAUAUCACUCCCAUGGGCGGCUUCCCCCAUUAUGGUGUUGUGAAGGAGGACUACCUGAUGAUCAAGGGUGGUGUCGUUGGUCCCAAGAAGAGGGUUGUCACUCUUCGCCAGUCAUUGCUCAGACAGACCACCCGCAGUGCUAAUGAACAGAUUAACCUCAAGUUCAUUGACACCUCCUCAAACACCGGGCAUGGCCGUUUCCAAACCACUGAUGAGAAGCAAAAGUUUUAUCGUCGAGUCAAGGCAUAGGCUGCACAUUAUUAUUAACUUUCCUCUUCCAAAAUAUCAAGUUUUUGUUUUGUUUUUCUGGCUGUGGGCUAUUUGUUUGGUCGUUGAAGAAAUACAUUUUUGUUUUUUAAGUCCCAAAGCAGGAGUGACUCUUGAAAUUUGGAAUACUCUAUUCCAUCAAUCCAUCCUUCUCAUGAUCUCAUCUAGUCAUCUAUACAUGAAUCUGUUAAGACAUUUUUACUUUAUGGUAUCUGAACAUAAAUUGGGUUUAAAGGCAGUUUUUAAUAUGUUAUUGUUUUUCAGAUAACCACAUGCUGUUAAGAAAAAAUGGAGUUUAUGUCAUGACCUCGCGGAUUAUGUCCGUGACCUUUAAUCUGUUCGAAUUUGGAUGGGAAGGAGUUUUCCAACUUUCAGAACCUAUGAUAGCUUCAUACAUUUUUACGUUACUCUAUAUCUCUAUAUUGAUGUGUUGCAUUAAUUUAUUUAUAGUUCUGAUUAGCAAAAUAUCUGAUUAGC